AAACGUUUUUGUUUUUAUACAGUUCCAAACGGAUUAGGCCAUUAACCUGUAUUCACGGAUAUCCACGAAAAUCUACCGGUAAGCACUUGAGCCCCCAAAAGAAGGCUACCUGGACAACGAAAAUGCAGUGCUCCCAGUCAUAGACUAGAAAUCAUAGAAAAUCGUUAAGCAUGAGUUUCCCGUCGUUUUCCGGGCUCAAAGGCUUCUUGAUUUUGGCGCUGCCGGAAGUUACCGUUUUCGCCGUGUCAAGUGCUUCUUCAUUGCGUCCACUCCGAAGUCCUCAGGCCAAUCGAAAGUCUCACAAUGUACGCAGCCAAAAUUGUUUGCCUUUCAAGUGUUGCCGCCCAUUGUUGCCACUGUUAUUAGUCUACAGCGUAACCACUUUGGCUCGUACGCUCAUUCAUCCUCAUUAGAAAGCAGAACAGUCGAUCAUGACACAGUUUCAUCUUAGCAGCAACCAACCCAAAGCUGCAUCUCCUCAUCAUCACCAUCAUCAUCAUCACUGCGAAGAAUUGCCAUUCAUCAUGGUGAAAGCCAACUUUCUUCCUGUCAUCCACCAGCGCGACGAGACGGUUCCGCAAAUGAUCAAGGCUCCUUCCAUGGACGGUUCUUCCUCUUGCACGUCCGCCGCCGCAGAUCAUCACCAAGAAGGCCCAGCGUCAGCUCCUGCAUCUCCCAAGGGUUCCUUGUCAUCCUCUUCCGAAUCUACUACUAGCCAACAGGAUCUACUCCAACGAUCUCUGAGGGACGAACACUGGAACCGCGUAGAAGAUCUCUGUGAAAAAGAUCCGUCUCUAGCCCGCGAUCGCAUCUCGAUGGUCUGUCAAGGCGAGAACUCGACGUGUCUCCCCAUUCACUUUGCCGCUGGCAAAAAGUCCACUCCCGUCUCUACCAUUGACAGUCUCGUUACAGCUCACCCCGGCAGUUUGCUGGCGGUGGAGUCCAGCGGCGGUCGUCUCGCCUUGCACAUUGCCGUCCUCAAGGGUGCUUCCUUUGCCGUUGUACGGUAUCUCUGCGAAGCCAUGCCACAGACGUUGGGCAUGGCAGAUCAAGAAGGAAACCUGCCGCUGCACUAUGCCGCCAUGUACUCGUCCGACGAAAUCAUUCAACUCCUUCUCAAGUCUCACGCAGAUGGCUGCAACCAGGCGAAUCGAUCCGAUCGAUUGCCACUCCACCUUCUGUGUGCGCGGUGUUGGGAUCGCAAUGCCAUUUCCAUGGAGACGGUUCAAGCCGUCCUGAUGGAAUACCCGGAAGCCUUGAAGUGUGCGGAUCGACGUGGUCGAUUGCCAUUGCACGUUGCUUGCAGUAGCCAAGAUCCCCGCGCCGACAUGAUUCAAUUGCUGGUUCCGGCAUACCCCGAAGCUUUGUUGGCAAGAGACCAGUCCAAAGGAACGCCACUCGAUUUGGCCCGCAAGUUUUCCGCCGGUGGCGGUGUCGUCGUGGCGUAUCUGCAAGACUGUUCCAACAAGGAACGGCGCAAAAAGUACAAGUUCUUGGCGCCGUUCAAGCAUGUGGGAGGCAAGAUUGCUCGUCGUCGGCACUGCAAGCCCGAUGUCGAUGCGCUUCACUUGCACUACUGCUACGGAUAAACUAGCUACUGUCCUUCCUUCCUUCCAAAGUCACCCCAAGCUGUCUGUCUUGCAAUAAUAGACCACAAGAAGACUCACACUAAUAAUAGAUCCGAAAACCUACUACCUCCCAUAUCUAUCGCAUAAUCAAUACUAGUACAUAAACGAUUAGUCUAUACAACUUGAAGCACCUGCAU